CACAGAAGGAGGGAAACACCAGCUUGGCUGUCUGCAUCUUUUUUCACUCCAACACUUAGUCAGUCCGUAGGAAACAGAUAACACCUGUCCAGUUUGACCCACUGACCACCAGCAGUAACGCAGAUCAACAUGAUCUUUCUAAUGGACCUCCAGAUGAUGCUGCUGGAUGUGAUUUACUUCAUCCUUCGCAACUCCUUGCGGGUCGUCCUGCGCCCUCGCACCAAGCCCAUCGAUGGCGAGCUGGUGCUGAUCACCGGGUCAGGUGGCGGCCUGGGUCGCCUCUUCGCUCAGGAGUUCACCAAGCACGGGGCAGAGGUGGUGCUGUGGGACAUCAACAGCAGCUCCAACGAGCAGACAGCCAAGCUGGUGCGUGAGAUGGGGGGCAAGGCGCACACGUACACGGUGGAUGUGACCAAAAGGGAGGACGUGUAUCGCAGCGCAGAGCUGGUACGAAAGGACCUGGGCCGGGACGUUACCAUGCUGGUGAACAACGCUGGAGUGGUGGCCGGGGAGCGCAUGUUGGACUGUCCUGAUGAACUGAUUGAGAGGACCAUGAAGGUCAACUGCCACGCCCUCUUCUGGACAGUGAAGGCCUUCCUCCCUCAGAUGAAGGCCCAGAAUCAUGGACACAUCGUCACCAUUGCCAGCGUCCUCGGUCUUUUCAGCACAGCUUGUGUGGAGGAUUACUGUGCCAGUAAGUUUGCAGCAGUGGGCUUCCACGAGUCUCUGGCACAUGAGCUGCUGGCUGACGAGGUUGAAGGAGUGAAGACUACUCUCGUUUGCCCCUACAUUGUGGACACGGGCAUGUUUGAAGGCUGCAAGAUACGGGAGGAAGUGGAACUGGUGCUGCCCCCUCUGGAGCCCCAGUACUGCGUGGAGCAGGCCAUGAACGCCAUCCUGAUAGACCAGCCUUUAGUGUGCAUCCCUCGCCUCACAUACCUGCCUUUCCUCUCCAGGGCGUUGUUGCCGUGGGAAUCCAACGUGGUCACGUAUCGUUUCAUGGGGUCCGACAAGUGCAUGUACCCCUUCAUUGACACCAAGAGGAAACAAGUGUCUAACGGCGCCGUUAAGGUUGCAUAAUCGUUCCUGAGUGCAGUUAAGACAACUUUUGAGAGUCAAAACCUUAAAAUUAAUAUAUAUAAAAAAAAACUUAAAAUAAAAAAAAGAGUAAAAUCGUCCUGCUUGUGUGGACAGCAGUAGGCCAAACUGUUACUGCCCGGCUACAGCCAGGAUUCAAUCACAUACGGAUGAUGAAAAGUAAUGCAGAGGCUUUACAUCUUUAGACUGAUCAUUGUGUCCUAGAUGACGACUCAGCCAAGUGGUCAUCAGCACCCCAAAACAUGUUAAUAAUGUUCAGAUGAAGUUUAAAGUCUCUUCAAACUGUUCUCACCACACGCAACAGUGACUGAAUCCUGGACCGGCCGAAAGGGGAAUGGGAGCGUGUUUAAUAUCUGUAACUUAAUAAUGUACCAGAGUAUUGUGCUGUAUUAUGUUUACAUAAAAUAAAAAUGAUUGAAAACCA